UUCCAGUGCGCAGGCGCAGAGCCCCGGGCGAAGGGGGCGGACCCGAGCCUCCGGGUCCGGGCGCGGCGGCGCGCGCACCUCGAGCGACUCUGCCAGUUCCUCCGGCCCUGGCUCCUGUGGCUCUCGAGCUACUGCGGAGGACAAGACUCCCCCGCCCGCUCCUCCCCGGCACCCGGGACGCCUGGCAGCGGCCAUGCAGAACCAGGUUCUGACCCCGCACGUCUACUGGGCCCAGAGACAUCGCGAGGUGUAUCUGCGGGUGGAGCUGAGCGACGUGCAGCACCCUGACAUCAGCAUCACUGAAAAUGUCCUUCACUUCAAAGCCCAUGGCCAUGGUGCCAAAGGAGACAAUGUAUAUGAAUUUCACCUGGAAUUCCUAGAGCCUGUGAAGCCUCAGCUGACUCAUAAGCUGACCCAAAGGCAGGUGAACAUCACAGUGCAGAAGAAAGAGAAUCAUUGGUGGGAGAGACUGACCAAACAAGAAAAACGCCCCCUUUUUUUGGCCCCUGAUUUUGAUCGCUGGCUGGAUGAGUCUGAUGCAGAAAUGGAACUCAAGGCCAAGGAAGAAGAACGGAUAAACAAAAUCAGGAUGGAGUCCAGAGUUCCAAAUGACUCUUUCGCCAACCUGAAGAGAGGAUACCUGUUUAUGUAUAAUCUGGUUCAGUUCUUAGGAUUCUCCUGGAUCUUUGUCAACAUGACAGUGCGGCUGUUUAUCUUAGGAAAAGAUUCUUUCUAUGACACAUUCCACACCAUGGCUGACAUGAUGUAUUUCUGCCAGAUGCUGGCAGUUGUUGAGAUCAUCAAUGCUUUUCUUAGAGUCACUCGGUCGCCAGUGAUCCCCACCUUGAUCCAGUUCUUUGGCAGAAAUUUCAUUUUAUUUGUCAUCAUCGGCAGUUUGGAAGAAAUGCAAAGCAAAGCUGUGGUUUUCUUUAUAUUUUAUCUUUGGAGCACAAUAGAGAUAUUCAGGUAUCCAUUCUACAUGCUUUCCUGCAUCGACAUAGAAUGGAAAUUACUCACUUGGAUCCGAUACUCCAUCUGGAUUCCUUGCUAUCCUCUGGGAUGUUUGGCAGAAGCUGUCUCAGUCAUCCAGUCUAUUCCAGUAUUCAGUGAGACGGGGAAGUUCAGCUUUACGUUGCCGUAUCCACUGAACAUCACAGUCAAAUUUUCAUUCUUUCUUCAAAUCUAUCUUAUAAUGUUAUUUUUAGGACUGUUUGUAAAUUUCCGUCACCUUUAUAAACAACGAAGACGGCGUUAUGGACCCAAAAAGAGAAAAACCAACUAAGCAGAGCAGCAAAUGGCUUCUUACCAGAUUAAUCAUAAUCUGUAGUUCUUAAUGGUUUUAUCUAUUAUGCCAAUACAAAGGCUUUUCUAAAGUUUAAUAAUUUUAAUUUUCAGUGAUUCCAUAGCUCCAGGUAACAUUCCUCUACUUAUUGUACCACUUCACUACAGAACAUGCAUGACCGGUAACCCUCAUGUUCAGCCAACUUGCCUCCUGACUUUCACCAUCCUAAGAACAGUACAUAAUUCCUGCAUAUACUGUAUAGUUAGUGAUAGUAGGAGGAUUUGCCCCAAUCUCUGCUUCUGUCAGCCAGCCAGCUACAUUUACUGAGCACAUAAAGGCAGAACCUUGUGCUGUAUAUUUUCUUAGUUGAGAUUUCUCAUCUUCAACACUGGCUUGUGAGGAAAAGCAAGAUGGUGCUCUCUUACAGGUAACUGAAAGCUACAGUCAUGGGUCUCAGAAACCAAAAAAAAAAAAACAUGAGUAUCAUAGGUUAUUUGUUAAGUUACCACAAGGUCAAUCUUUUGAUGAUCAGUUUAGGCCCAGCCACUGAUAAACUUUUAUCUGAGCCAUAUUGGGGAUAGACUCUGUAGUCUUAGAACCUUUGCUGAACCUACAUCUUACCUCUUAUUGCUGGUGGGCCGCCCUUUGCUAAAGUUUUGAUUGUGUGGGCAUUGGAUAGAGAGUAAAAGACUUGAGAGAAUGACAGGAAAUCAAACCUGGAACCAUUCACUGUCCCUUCUCCAGUGGCUUAAUUGCCAGUAACCCUCUUUUUUUUUUCAAACUUCUGUUGAAGUUUAAUAAUUUUUAAAAUUCAUGUCAUUAGAAUGAACAGUAAAUUUAAGGCAAUGCUCAAACGUAAGAUAUUGGUUUAUCCACUACACAGAGUUAACUCAGUUGUCUAUUUGUAAAAGAAUAGUGGGAAAAGCAAUUUUUUGGAAGGACCAUAGCUGCCUUCAUUCUACUGCAGUUAAACUGACUUUUUCACUUACCAUUGUAGCACAAUUGGGAAAACAAAGCUGGGAAUUUGGCAGUCUGCUAACUGGUGUCAGUAAGAUUCUGGAAGGAAACAUCCUAGCAGGGGUAGAAGGAAUUUGAAAGAAAAAAGAUCACUUGUUUUAAAGCUUAAUAGGGUUUUCUCCACUGCACUUUGAGUAUGCCAUGUAGAAAGGCUGUUAGAAGAAACAUUUGAAGAAAAGCAUUCAAGGCAUAAAUAGAUCCUUCAGCCCUGUCCUGGAACUUAAGUCACUGUUUCUGCCCAGGGAUCACACAGUGAUUUAUACUUUGGAGUUAUAGGAGCUGUGAGCCUAGGACAGUAUCUUGGCUUGAUAUCAAACACCUAAUUAGCAUAAGGAAGGCAUUUUCCCCUUUUAAUUUAUUCCUUGGUAGGACAAUGUUUUGCAUGCCUGCAGCUUCUCAUCAACACUUAACUUGUUCAUACUAACUUCUGACAUGUUCUUUCAACUUGAGUUCUUAUGAAAUCUUAUGAAAUUUCACUUUUGCAGUCAAGUAGUCUGCACUCUCAAGGAAAAAACUCAUAUUCUUUGUGAUUGUCAUGGAUCUUAUACUGUCUCUGAGGAGGCAAAAGAUGGUGGAUUUCUAUUAAAACAUUUACAGUGAAAA